AUGAACGCCAUCGACACCCUAUCCUUGGUCGCCAACGGUGCCGGGAUCGUCGGUCUCGCCGACGUGGUCCUCAAGAGAAGUACGGAGCUCUACGACCUAUACAGCCGGUGCAAGGGCGCAUCCGAGUCCAGGACCCGGCUGCUGGCUGAGAUCCAGGGCUCCGCCGACAUCGCCGAAGGUCACUGUCUCGCCGAGAUCAUGUCGAUCCUGGGCCGCUUCAACCAGGAGUUUGACGUCCUGGGCCGGCUGGUGACGAGCGCUCGGGUCUCGGCCGGGGACGGCUUGGUUGCCCGAGUGACGAGAAGCCUCAGGUGGACCAUGAACGAGCCGGCCGUCGCGCAGGCUUGCGGCCAGCUGCAUAGCCUGACGGCAUCCUUGACUGCCGCCCUUGCAGUCGCUGGAGGAUACAACGGCAUUGUCAUACACCGUGAGAUCACGCAGACGAGGACCCAGGUGAUGGCGCAGCUGGCGCAGACGACCCAGAGCUGGCGAGAAGAGAUACAGACGCUGCUUCUUGUGCCGGGGCCGACGAGCGUUGAGGGGCGUCGACGGCCAUCCCCCGCACAUCCCGGCAUCAUACACCGAAAGAAGAAGAGGUCCCGUGGGAAAACGAGAUAUCACGUAACCAUCACUAACUCGACCGGGCCCUUGCCAGCCGGCCCGACAACAACCCAAGAAGCCCUUCUGGAAACGGAGUUUCGCGUGGCUCGACGGGAGCUGAUCCGGCUGCUCGAGCGCGAGAACGGCACCGUCGCGAUGAUGGCGCCCGUCGAGGAGGACUUGACGGUGUCCCUGGUCCACAUGAAGGACUCGCUGCUGGAAGCCAUCGGAAGCAGCGUUGGUUUGAUCAUCCCCGACCACGUCGCCACAUUUGUCGCUGGCAUCCUGGAUGAAGUCCUUGUUCAGGCUCAUCUGUCGUCGGCAAACCGGCUGAGGAACCGUUCCCGGGGCCCGACACAGGCCUCUGCACUCACGGGCGGGCUUCCGGGUCCGGGGAAAGUUGUAAAAACGUUAUUUGGCUCCGAACGUCUUGGGCCGUGGAUGAGCACCUUCGUCUUCGAAAAGCCCGACGACUCGUACUCUAAAACACCUGUCCCUCGAUCCGCCGCGGAGACCGGCGAUAUGUGGUGCCUUGUGCAGGAGAUGACGAGACAGACGUCUGCAGGGCCCAUCCGCGCCACGCUGAUCCAGGGCGGCAACAGGCUCGUCUCCAAGAUACUUUACUUCAACAUUACCUUCCAUCCGCGCAACGGGGGAUGCGGGCGCUGCGUCACGCUGGAAUUCGGGUCCCUCUGGUCGUGGAUCAUCACCGUUGUCUCCGAAUAG